GUGUUGGGCUAGAGUGAGGCCCAUACACAUGAACCUGUCUGACCAAUCAAGGUUUUGACGGUCAAGCUAAAAGCUUUGAAAUGGGAUGAAGUCAACUACAGACCACGAUGAGGGCACAAUGUGUGAUCUUCUGUGAAGCUGUUGCUAUAUACGGUGUUAUUGUGGCAAUUAUUCUACAAACAAAGUUGGAGAGUGUUCCCCCAUCACAAAGAUAUGAACCUGAAUCUCUUAGAGCUGGUUAUGCUAUCUUUGCCUCAGGGAUUAUUGUGGGUUUCGCAAACCUCGUCUGCGGGCUGUGUGUGGGAAUUAUCGGAAGCAGCUGUGCAUUAUCUGAUGCCCAGAACUCAUCACUUUUUGUGAAGAUUCUUGUGAUUGAAAUCUGUGGUAGUGCCCUCGGGUUGUUUGGAGUAAUAGUCGGAAUAAUCAUGUCGGCUCAAGCAACAUGGCCUCUAAUUCCUAUUCUUGUUUGGUCCAAACAAGAAUAAAAGAGAACUGGGUAAUUUCAGAACCAAGUCACAACUAAGGCCUCGUUUGGGAACCCUCCCUUUUAACUAAAAAUUUAAAAAAUUAUUAAAUUAACUAAAAAGCCAACAAUCCAUACUAAAAAGUCAAAUAUUUUCUUUUCUCUCU